GAUUUUUUAAAUGAAAAGAAAAGUUGUUGUUUUUUUGCUAAAUAUAUAAAACUAAUCUGUAGAAUUGUUUAUAAUUAUGUUAAUACUGAUAUUGAAAAGAAAUUGAUUUGAUUUUGUUUUAGCUUCUAAAUAUAAACAGACUACACUCAGAUCUAGAUCUAUAAAAUAUUGUAAGAACAUAAAACUAUAGUCUAUAGGGAAAAAAUCUGAUUAUCGUCUAGUUUAGGGACUCAUCUCUACUUAUUGCUAUAGUUAAAUUAGAAUCACAUCCAGAUCUAGAGUAGAUCUACAUAUUUAAAUCUAAUAUUUAUUUUAGGUUUAUUUUCCACAAUUUAUGACAUAGCUAGAUAUCUAGAUCUUAUUCGAUGAAUGAUCCAAGCAGUUUUAUUCAAUGACAAGAAAUACGAACUCUAUAAAAGAAGAGUUCCUCUUAUCACAGUUCUUCAUGUCCAAACAUUAUGUGGCCAAAACCUGUUCUAAAGUUCGCUCUUGUUGUGCGUCUGGUAUUUUGUGCAACAGACAAAGAGAACUUGACCAGCGAUGUCACUACCUUGACCACCACUACUAGUAAACAGACGACAAAAAUAUUAGCGACGACUACAUCCUCGUCGACAUCGACAUCCAGUAGCACGGCAGCAUCGUCCACCACCAACAGAACGGUCAGCGCUACGAACGCCACGGACGAGAUAUUGACUACGUCCGCGGCAAACGAUAGGGCGGAUGGUGGUUCUAAAAUUGCAGCGACAGAAAUGAAAAAGCUUUGCAAUGGUCAGAGGUCAGCGUUCAGUGACGACAUUUGGUACCUCUAUUGUGAUAUCCGAAACAGCUGGAGCUCUGCAAAGAGAUUCUGCAAGAACAAUGGUAUGUACUUGGCCAGCUUCAAGGAUCGCGAUGACUUGAUGGAAACUCUGAACAAAAUAGGAAUCAACAAAACACCAGAUGCAAGCCUUGGUCCAGCUGUUAACAUAGAAAGAAAACAACAUGAUUCCAGAUCUUCUAGAUCAGAUUCCAGCUUUUGGGUAGGUGCUAAUGAUAUAGAGAUCGAAGGAGAAUUCAUCUGGACAGACACAUUCUCCGUCGUUUCCUCUGACCUCUGGGCUCAGGGUUAUCCAAUCAAAAAGGCCGUUACACAAGACUGCGGCUAUGUGGACGCUAUGCAGAGAAUGUUGAAAAACCGUAGGUGUUCUGGGACUUUGAAUGUUCUUUGUUACAUAUCAAUUUCAAAGCCGUUGUGGUACAACAAUGACAUGAUGUUGUGCCAUUGCGCUGACGGUCAGUGUAACACAGAGGGCGAGUGUCUGUCUGGAGGGUGUGCCAGGGGAUGGUUCGGACCGAAAUGUCAAUUCAAGAACUUAGACUUUGAUAUAGAUGAGCAGGGCCGACUACUUCAAGACUACGACAAUAGCACAUGUGUACUGUUCAAAAGAAACUAUCUACUCAUUACCUUCACGCAGAGGUCACACUUCACCUGGUUAAGGCUAAUCAUGAAGGACAUAGGUCAGCUCCAAGGCUUCACACUCUACUUAGACGGAGUGAAAGACACCAGCGCCAUUUACAUCAUGCACGAUCAGCGAACGAUGGACGUCAGGACCAGCAUCUACACCUCUGAAUGCCGGGUGGUCGAAAUGUUUUGGACAGAGGCCAAGACCAUGUGCACGUUGUACGUUUACGGAGGUCGCAAUAUGGGACUAAAGCAAAAAGCCAAUUUCAACUUCACUGCCUCAACACCAGCUUCUCUAGCUGUGGACGGCUACAGCUGGAAUUCCGACCAGUGUUUCAAGGGUUGGAGAAUGUGGCAGUUGCACUUUCCGGAAGUCAUUGCCCUGUAUAAUGUUGAUAUUUAUCGAAAAAUUGAAAGCACCAACAGAAGUUUUCCUCCGCAUUUUGCUGUCAGAGCGACCAAUGAAGACGAUGACAUGGAGUGCAUUUCGGAUGACUUCCGGGCCCAUCUAGGGCCGUACGUCCGGUUGAUACCAGAAGAGGAGCUCUUCAUCAAGUCCCUGAUUUUAUACAGGAACCCAAUUUACCCUGGUGGCGUCAUGUCUGUCUGUGAGGUGGUUGUUUAUGGCGAGUGCGCACCUCCGAAGUACGGACUCGAUUGUGAGAAUGUAUGUAGCAUUACUUGUGUUAGGCAGAAAUGUCACUACAGCGGUCAGUGUCUGGACUGUCCAUCAGGCAAGACUGGAGCAAACUGUUCAGAAGACGAAGUGUACACGAAGCCGAAGAAAACCAACAAGAACGUGUCUGACGUCGGCACCCACCUCAUCAAACUCAUCUUUGUGAUUGUUCAUGGCGGCGUUGCCAUGGUGAUGGUCACCGCUCUGCUCGGCUACAUUAUGUCGGAGAGGGUCCGGAAAAGAUCCACCCUAAUCCAUCAGACAAAUCAGUCGUCUCCAGUACUUAACGAAGAGUUCACCACCUCGCCGUCUCCUUCACCCGUGAGGGAGAACAUAUCACCCAUCGCUGGCGAGAACGACACCCCCAACGCCGCCCUAAUGACGAUGCAGACGAUAACGUCCGCCCUGACGUUCAUGACGCACCCGACCGAGACGGGCACUACCACGUCGUAUUUGGAGUCAGAUGUGGACGCCACCUCAAUCACCGCAACGAACAUCCCCACCUGAUAUUUAUGCCCGAGAUUUAGAGUGUGGAUUAAAAGAGCCGUAAAACUGCUAACGGUCGACUUAUGAUUUCCAAGAUCUUAGUGUUUUCCUACGAAGAGAAACAAGGCUCUUACUUUAACGAAUAGAAUUUAGACUGUGGAUUUACAAUUACCCGAAAAGACUGAAUCAAAUACCUUCAACUUCUUUAAGAAGAUUUGUAAUUACACAUCAGGUCAAAGUGACUGAUAUUAUUGUUCAUAUUCACUGGCUGAUGCUACCAAAAAGAGAAAAAUGUUAACCAUGUACGUCAAUGAUUGACUCUUUAAAAAUGUGUAUUGUGUAAAUAAAACUGU